GAAAACUGCAGUGAGAAAUGUUGUUGGAGAAUCGUGGGAUCCUCAGGAAAACGACGAUCGAGGCGCCGUCGUCCGAUUUAAAAAGCGAGUGGAGGCGAGCAGCAACGUGCAUUCCAGUGUGCGCUAAGCUUCGGUAUGAGGGGUUAAAUUACGCUCCUGCGCGCGACCCCCUUCACCCCCGCGGCGACCGUCCUCGCCGCCAGCAACGGCGGCGGCGUUCUCCACUCUCCUCCAAUGUUCUCCACUCUCCUCGUCGCCGGCGAAUUCGUCGUCAUCGUCGUCGCCGCGUAUCGCGCCGCUCGGCAGCGGGCUUCCUCAGUCUUCGCUCGCCGGCCGUUGCCAGUGGAUCCGUCGAUCGCGCUCGAUUCGCAGGCUCGCGCCGCCCGUGUCCGUACACCUCGCGCACUCCGUCGCCGAUCCCGUGGGCAGCAUGUUGACCCGACGCGAGCAUCGCGGGGUCCCCAGGACUCGCGCGACCGCGCUCUCCUGAGACCCGUGACGUCACUCCAGCGGCCUGACCCGCUCCGUCCUUCUCUCUCUCUCCCUCUCUCUCUCACCCUCUUCCUCCGUCGGCUCCUCGGUCUCCCCGUCAGCCUGAAUUUGUGUCUCGCUACGGCGGAAGUGUGCGUAACACAGUUUGGAUACCCUCGGUUCCUGGGUUCCUCGGUUCUCCCGCGAAUGUGUAAGCCGAGAACUGGGACGCUCGGAUUGCCGUCGGAUUCCCAGAAACCUCGAGCUCCUCGCUUCCCGGACAUGUAGAUGCAAGCGCCGAGCCCAGGACCGUGUCACGACGCGAGCAUCCCCGACGUGAAUUCCAAUCAUCACCAUCCGGCACGCAGCAACCAGAACGAGCAGCAUCGGCUUCAAGACCGAAAUUCGCCGUCCUCCUCGAUGUCUACUCUACUAUGCUGCGAGCCAGUGUCAGCUGGCCGGCCGCGGGCCAAUCUCAAGCUCGUGCUGAAUCGCAGCUUAAGCGAGCCAGGACCCUGCAGCUUCCCUGCCUCCCCCACCGUCUCGCCGAUCGCCAGUAUCGUUAACGGCAAUCCCGCCGACACGCCCGACGUCAUCGACGAGGAGACAGACGGCAUCGGUAUCGACGACGACGUCGCUCACCGUCGUUACCACCACCUCCACUAUCACCAUCAUCAUCAUCACCACCAUCAUCAUCACCAUCAGCACCAUCAUCAUCUCCUCUCGGCCACCACGAAGCGCUGCAAACUGGAGACCGUCAGUUUGCCAACCAGCCCGUGCGCGGAAAACGGUACCCUCCAUCGUCAACUGGUGCUAAGUAAGACUCGUGUUAUCACUUCCGGCGACUUGGCCCAACGUCUCGAGCGGCCCGCCGCCGUCGCCGCUCCGGUGAUCCUCGACUGCCGGCCGUUUAUACUGUACAACGUCAAUCACGUGCGCGGCGCCAUCAAUGUCAACUGCUCGGAUCGGUUCAAUCGGCGCAGGCUGCAGCUGGGCAAAGCCACGCUCGCCGAUCUCGCGACCGCCCGCGAGGGCAAAGAGCUGCUCAGGAAGAGGCAAUUCAGGGAGGUUGUGGUGUACGACGACUGCACCGAUGAUCUGGAACAUCUGCCCGCCCAGCACCCGCUGUUCCUGGUAUUAGCCGCGCUUGUGGACGAUGACCAAGAACCAGCCCUGUUGAUCGGUGGACACCGCGAGUUCCACAGGCGACAUCGGGAACUAUGCGAGGACACGCUUUUGCCGAGCGGCGGCGGCAACGGUGGCGGCGCCGAUCCCUCGGCGACGACGGUGAGCGGCUGCACGAAUGCCGGACUCGGUUGUCCGGUGUUGAGCGUCUCCGUCUUACCCACGCCGCAGCCCGCCGACAUCGACAGUCACCCGGCGUCUCGUGUGCUGCCUUUCCUCUACCUCGGUAACGGCAGGGAUGCCGCCGAUCUGCAGCUAUUACGCGCGCUCGGCGCCACCCGGGUACUGAACGUCACCUCGCAGCUGCCCGGCUACCACGAGGAGCGGGGUAUCACCUACAGACAGAUACCGGCCUCGGACUCCAGUCACCAGAACCUGAAGCAGUACUUCGAGGAGGCGUUCGAUUUCAUCGAGGAAGCGCGAAAAGCCGGCAGCAGCGUGCUGGUGCACUGUCAGGCCGGGGUGUCGCGUAGCGCGACAAUCGCCAUCGCCUACAUAAUGCGGCACAAGGGUCUGUCGAUGGUGGAGGCGUACAAGCUGGUGAAGAACGCGCGUCCGAUCAUCAGUCCGAACCUGAACUUCAUGGGGCAGCUGUUGGAGCUCGAGCAGGGCCUGAGGGCGUCCGGCGGUGUCGGCAGCUCCGGAACGUCGGAGGAGCCCGCGACGGGCUGCCACCAAUGCAGAUGGAGUCACCAGCCCAACAGCGAAGAGGUCACCUCCGGCUGCAGCGUCUGAGGCCGGGUCCUCUCGUAUCUCCUUGAGAAAGAGGGAGUCACGAACCAGCGUCUCAACGCGGCGCAAGUUCCGCAAACAUAUCUCGAGAGGCCGAGCGCGAGUGUCGACGAACGUUCUUCCUGCGCCUCUUCGCGACGGCGGCGGCGACGACGACGGAAAGAUCGGUAUUGGACGGUCCCAUCGUUCUCGGAAAACGCGCGGGGAAGAUCCCGCGAAUCACCAUGAGAGAGUCCCCUCGAUAUCCGCCGGCUUCUCUCUCUCUCUCUCUCUCUCUCUC